AUGAAGCCUCCAGAUGGCACUGAAUGGGAAGUACAAUGGACCAAACAGAAUGGUGAGGUUUGGUUUGAAAAGGGUUGGAAGGAAUUUGUUGAAAAUUAUUUCCUGGAUCACGGCCAUUUGGUUUUCUUCAACUAUGAAGGGACUUCUCAGAUUCAUGUACUCAUACUUGACCAUACUACACUAGAAAUUCACUACCCUUCUUCUCAUACUCGUGAAGAAAAUGACAACCUUGUCCAGAGUGAUGAUGAAUCAGUUCAAGUUUUGGAGGAAGGGCCUGACAAGAAUGCUGAAGAAAAUGACAACCUUGUCAACAAGUUAAGGUUUUGGAUGAAGGGCCUGACCAGAAUAUUGCUGAUGAAUCAGUUCCAAGUUUUGGAUGAAUGGCAUCACCAGAAUGCUACACAAAUCAAAGGUGAAGGAAGUUUAUCAAUGAAUUGGCCAAAGGAAGCUAGAGCUCAGAAAUUAGCAAGAAAAUUCGUCUCAUUCAAUCCAUUUUUCACGUAUGUACCAGAUUUGAAAAGCUAUAUUGGGAACACGAAGAUUGUGAUGCUGCAAGUUGGGGAGAAUCAUGGAGUGUGA